UAGUGUUUCUGAGCGACGCUAGCGUCGCUCCUCGUCAGUUUUAUGCAAGCUCUUCCCAUCUCUGUCUGCUCUCUGCCCUACAGCACCCGGUUCCAAAGACGUGGCCCCCCUAAGCGACGGAACCCAGCUAACCUCUCCUACCCCCAGCUGUCUCCCUGCAAUAACUGCACAGUUGCUGGAGGACUUUGGAACUGCCAGUCUGCUUCAAAGAAGGCUGAUUUCAUCUCAGCCUAUGCCUCCCUGCUCUCCCUUGAUUUCCUUGCCCUCACUGAGACAUGGAUCACCCCAGAGAACACUGCAACCCCUGCUGCCCUCUCCUCUUUCUUUUCAUUCUCCCACACUCCCCGACCAUCAGGCCGUGGUGGUGGCACUGGUCUUCUAAUCUCUCCCUCCUGGAAAUACUCAGCCCUACCUCUCUCUGACCUACCCCGAUUCAGUUUUGAAUACCAUUCUGUUUCAAUCACCUGUCCAACUAAUCUAUACAUUGUUGUCAUUUAUCGCCCCCCAGGUCCACUGGGAAACUUCAUCGAUGAGCUGGAUAUCCUACUCAGCUCUUUCCCUGAGGACGGCACCCCACUGAUCCUGCUUGGAGAUUUCAACCUCCACCUGGAAACAUCUCAGUCUUCAGCUGUCCUACAUCUCCUCCACUCCUUUGACCUCUCCCUACAGUCAUCCCCCCCUACCCACAAGGCGGGCAACCUCCUCGACCUGGUUUUUCUGAGGAAUAGCCCUUGCACCGAUAUCACUGUAACCCCUCUGCACACCUCUGACCACCACUUCGUUUCCUUCUCCCUCCCCCUUGCUCCCUCUCACCCACCUUCCUCCCCCACACCCACUGUAUCUGUCCGCCGCAAUCUCUGCUCCCUCUCAACCUCCUCUCUUGCUUCAUCUGUCACUGCUGCCCUCCCUCCUCUCGAAUCCUUCACUACCCUCCCCACUGAUUCUGCAUCCACCUCCCUACUUUCCUCCCUUACAUCUGCUCUUGACUCCCUCUGCCCCACUGUCUCUAGGCCAACACGUCCAUCUCCUCCCCGCCCGUGGAUGUCCAAUGCCAUACGCACCUCCAGGGUUGGACUCCGUGCAGCUGAGAGGAAGUGGAGGACAUCCAGAGAUGCUUCAGACCUCUCUGCCUACCAAUCCCUCCUUGCAGCAUUCUCCUCCACGGUGACUGCUGCCAAGGCAAUCUCACCCGAGAUUCUCCCAUUCAUCACCUCCCUGGUUAACUCCUCCCUGACAUCCGGCUGCUUCCCGUCAACCUUCAAGAAGGCCCUCAUCUCCCCCCUCCUGAAAAAGACUACACUAGACCCCUCCAUCAUUGGGAACUACAGACCGGUAUCUCUCCUUCCAUUUCUGUCAAAAACCAUUGAACGUGCUGCAUCAAAUCAACUCUCUGUGUUUCUUUCACAGAAUGAGCUCCUCGAUCCCCAUCAGUCUGGAUUCAGACCAGGCCACUCGACAGAGACCGCACUCCUCUCUGUCAACGAAGCUCUCCACGCAGCCCGAGCAGCCUCCCUCUCCUCCGUCUUAUUACUUCUGGACCUAUCGGCAGCCUUCGACACAGUCGACCACCCCACCCUCCUGUCCUCCCUAUCUGCAAUGGGGAUCUGUGGCACAGUCCUCAAUUGGAUUGAGUCUUACCUCUCAGAUCGCUCCUUCCAGGUAGCCUGGGCUGGUAAAGUAUCUGCGCCACACCCCCUCACCACCGGAGUCCCACAGGGCUCGGUCCUUGGUCCUCUCCUCUUCUCUCUCUACACCCAGUCCCUUGGCCCUGUCAUCACAGCUCAUGGUAUGUCUUACCAUUGCUAUGCUGAUGACACACAACUGUUUCUCUCCUUCCCACCCUCUGACACACAGGUCUCAGCCCGCAUCACUGCCUGCCUGAGUGAUAUUCAGAGCUGGAUGGUCCGCCACCAUCUCAAGCUCAAUCCAGGUAAGACAGAGCUCAUUUAUAUUCCGGCUCUUAACUCCCCUCUCUCUGAUCUCUCUAUCUCCCUAGGUAAUACCAUCCUCACACCAUCACCCUCAACUAGAAACCUUGGCGUGGUGAUGGACAACAGACUGUCCCUCACCGAGCACAUUUCAGCAGUGACACGUUCAUGCAGGUUCUUCCUGUAUAACAUCCGGAGGAUCCGCCCCUUCCUCACAACUUACUCGACCCAACUCCUCGUCCAGGCAGUGGUCCUGUCCCGCCUGGACUACUGUAACUCCCUGCUUGCUGGCCUCCCAGCAUCAUCUAUCAGACCCCUGCAACUCAUCCAGAACGCAGCAGCGCGUCUGGUCUUCAACCUCCCCAGACAUUCCCACGUUACCCCCCUGCUCACCACCCUCCACUGGCUCCCCGUGAUGGCUCGCAUCAAAUUUAAAACAUUAGUGCUUGCCUUCAAAGCAGCCAGGGGGUCAGCCCCUCCCUAUCUACGUCAACUCAUCAGACCCUACACCCCAGCUAGACCUCUCCGUUCUGCUGCCACAUGUCGCCUGGUCCCUGCCCCGGCUCGCACCAGCACCCGGUCACGCCUCCUGUCUGUUCUAGCCCCACGGUGGUGGAAUGACCUUCCUGUGCAAGUCAGAACAGCAGAGACCCUGGCCGUCUUCAAACGUAGACUGAAGACUCACCUCUUCAAGCUACAUCUCACCUCAUCACCCCCCACUACCCUCUAACAUCCAUUAAACCUCAACUGAGUAA